AUAAAUUACUUAUGUACAUAUAGUAAUAAAUUAGUAAAUUAAAAUAAAGUUUCAAAUACACAUAUAUUAAGAACUGCAUUAGUUAUAAAUAUGCUAAGCAUAACAAAAAUAUAAAUAAAUGAUAAUUAAAUUAACUAAAAAGAUGAUACAGACAUAGUAAGUAGUAUAUGUAGAAAAAAUCCAAAAGAUAUAUUCAAACUUUAUUGCCGUCUUUUAAAUGUAAUAGAAAAAUGUGAUGAACUAGACGCUUUAAUAGAAAGUAGAUUAAUCUAAGAAGAAGUAUUCGAAUAGAUAACAAAAGAAAUAAGAGAUUUACCUGACGAAAAUGUUUCCUAACCAAAAUCUAUUUAUAAUAUAAUAUAAGAAAAUAUGGUCACUUUUAUACCAGAAUAUCCUUAUUGCACAUUUGAUCCUAUAUAAAAAUUCAACAUUAAUUAAUAAUUAUAAAAAUAAAGUACAAUGAAAUAAAUCUAACAAUAAAAAUAAAAUAAUCCUAUAAAGGCAUUUUAAUCAAUUAAAGAAGAAUAUGAUCAAAUUUACUAAACAAUUUAUUUCCCAUUAGCAGAAGAAGGUGAUUCUAAACGAAAGAAAGAUGUAUUAAAUAAACUCAAAGAAAAAUUUUUUAAUAAUGAUAAAAUUAAUCAAAUACCCCUUUAUUAAGAGCCCCAUAGAUUCAUUGUAAUGGGAGGAGACGCAGAACUUCAUGGAUUUAUAUAAUUUAUAGGCGAACUAUUUUGUGAAUAUGAAGAAAAAAAGGUUGAUAUGAAAAAACUUGAUUUAAGAAUAUUUUUAGUUCCAUGUAAAAAAAGCACUUUGGCACAUUUUAUUGCCUCAAAAGACGUUUGGUACUAAAGAUAUUUAUACAUUCCUUUUAAUGAGGAAACUCUUAUUCCAAAAUAUGAACAUACAUCUGAAACUGGCAAAAUAAAUUAAUAAGAAUUGUUCUUUUCAAAUGAAAAUAAAAAUAAUAUCACUCUUCCUUAUAAAUUAAGGCUUGAUGCAUUACAUACAUAUGUCAGAGAAGCUAAUAGGGCUUUUAAUGUAAGAGUUUACAAAAUAAAUUGCACUUGGAAUGAUGAAAGUAUUUAAUAAAAAAAUGUGUUUUUUUGCUAAUAUGUAGAAAUCGGCGAACCAGUAGAAGCAGAAAAGUUCAUCAUGGAAGAGAUUAAAUUUAAGCUGCUUUUAAAGCUUUAUUCACUUCAAUCCCUAUUGAAAAUAUUACUAUUAAUGAACAAAAAAAUAAUCCUUUUUCAAUUCUUGUUGAUGGAAAAAUUUUAAAUAAUCUUAAGAAAAUUACUAUUGAACCUGUAAAAGACUUAAAAAACCCGGAUUUAGUUUUAAGUGUUCCAAUUAUGA